AUGAAACUUGUUACAGAUUACAUUCAUGAUGGUGAAGUUACUGAAAACCUAAAAGUUCAAGCCAGGAGAUAUUUUCAUAGCUAUAGUUUCUGGUUGGAUGUUAGUAGCAUAUUUCCACUUGAUUUCCUAUUAAUUUAUCGUGGUGAUAUAUCGUUGAUACGCCUUAAUCGUUUGCUAAAAUCGUAUCGUUUCAAUUAUUUUAUUGAUCGUACUGAAAUUCGUACAAAUUGGCCAAAUGCAUUUAAAAUAUUCUUCCUAAUAGUGACAUGUAUUGUGCUAUUUCACUGGAACGCUGCUGCAUAUUUCCUAAUUAGUGUUAUUAGUGGCAUUGACAGUGAAGAUCCUGACGCUUGGCAGUUCACUUAUACGAAAAUCGCUGAUCCAGUGAUCCCGAAAUGCAAUACAUUCCUAUUAAUAGGUGACUCAACAAGUUGCAGUUUUAAUGAGACGGGUAGAAAUGUAAAUAAUCGCCUUGAAUAUAUUGAUGAAAUGAUGCAGUAUUGGCAAAACAGGUCAGAAAUUUUGACAUUUCCAAACUUCAGUAAGGAAUAUGCGUUGUCAAUCUAUUGGUCAUCACUAACAUUAACAACGAAAGGACAACAGCCUUAUCCAAUGAGUUCACUCGAGGAUGCGCUUGAAGUUGUCGAUACGCUGAUUGGUUUGUUAAUUUUUGCCGUAAUUGUUGGCUCCGUCGGUAGUAUCAUAUCAACAGUGAACAAAGAAAAAUCCGAGUUUCAGGAAAUUCUGGAUGGCAUUAAAUUUUACAUGAAUUACAGGAAGGUGGACUCAGAUAUUCAGAAGCGGGUCCUGAAUUGUUGCGACUAUAUUCAUGAUCAAGGGAUUUCGAAAGAUGAGAGUGUACUUCUGGAAGGGUUACCUAGAAAGUUGCAUGGCCAGUUGGCAAUAAAUUUACAUAUGGUUACUUUGCAACACGUCGAAUUACUUCAGGGCUGUGAACAAGGAUUACUCUUCGAGUUGAUUCUUCGAUUGAAAUUCCAGCUUUUCAGCCCAAAUGAUUAUAUUUGUCGUCGCGGCGAACUCGCGCGGGAAAUGUAUAUUGUGAAACGUGGACAGCUUAACUGCGUUAGUGACGAUGGCAAGGUUAUCCUUGGAAUUCUAAAGGAAGGUGCAGUUUUUGGUCAGUUGGCCAUCCUCAACUUAUCUGGAAGAGCUGGUGGUAAUAAGCAUAUCAUGGCAAUUCGCUCGGUUGGAUACACCGAUGUUUACAUUCUACGUCAGGAAGACGUAAACGAUGUUCUACAAGAAUAUCCUCAAGCGCGACAAAAUUUAACACAGAAAGCGAUAAAGAUGCUCCAAGACGACGGCUAUUGGGAUAACACGAUAGUUAAUGCAGAGAAAGUUUAUGGUAGCACUUCAACAUUGGAGGAACAUCUUGACGGAAUUGCGAGGAUAAUUAACGCACUUAAUGAUGAAAUUGACCGACUGUACGAAAUGUUUGAUAAUAUGUCAUCCGAUUUCAAGCAACGACUCACCAGACUUGAAGGCGCAUAUAAGACGAGAUGUGAAAGGCAAAAAUGCGAAGGCAGUUUGUCAUAA